AGUGCUUUGAAAGACCACCUUGAAAGGUACAGAACUGAAAUGGACAAUCUGACCCAACAACUAGACAAUACCAACGAUGAGCUCUACAUGGUCAGAAAAGAACUCCAAAAUGCUUACAAGCACAAACUAGAGCCAAGAAAAGAGAAACAUCUCUUAGCCUCAUCACUGCUGAGCAGAGCAGAGUCCCACGUCCAAGAACUGGCAUAUGACGAAAGGAGCGAAGGGCCACAACCCAAAACCUCACCUGCCUUCGCUACACAACCCUUUCCUGCCAACGAAAGAAAACCUCCCGUCCAAGGCCUUGAAGCUGCACACGGGAUGACCAUCAAAGACCUCAACGAGCUGUCUAAAAACAUCAGCAGGUUCAACCCGAACUCCACAGAGAGCCCCGACAUCCAAGCUUACCUGCGAGAUAUCGAAUUCCAUCUGGAAGUGAGACCUCAUGUGACUGACAGAGACUGGUUAUACCUCCUUAGAGCCACUUCCGAGGUACGAAACUUUCUAGAUCGACAGCCCAGUCAAACCAAGUCAAACUACCAGCGACUUCGUGAGGUCCUGAUUAAAGAGUUUACAGACCCAGAGUCUGAACAUGGACUGUUAACUGCCUUGGAAACCAAACAAGGUCGUCAAGAGACUCCACAAGCUUACUACAACCGACUCCGACAAUCCUACUUUGGUGCACACAACAACUCUGACCUUGAAGAGGAUGUGAACUUCAAAACCCUCUUCCUAAAGAAUCUGCACCCUGGAGUCAGUCACCAUCUAGGUGUCAUGGCCUGUCCGAACUCCAUGACCAUCCAACAGUUGCGUGACCUAACACAGAAGGCCUAUAACAAGCAGAAGUUGGCCUCAAAGAAAGGUAACAAAACAUCCACACUCUUGAACUCUGUCAACAAAGACUCAAGCCUUGCACUGGACGACACCCAGUGGCAUCACAACACCAGAGUCUUCCAUCAAGAGCACAGAGAACGUGACGCCCAUAUCCACGACCGCUUUCAGCCCAACUGCUGGAAAAAUCCAUGGGACCAGCCACGCUUCUCAAGAAACCAAAAGGAUAACAUCUGGAAACCUAACCAGAUAUCCAAAGGUAAUCACCUGACUCAUCCAAGAGCAACUCGUGUGGGUAAGCGACAACAAAACCCACCUCAGCACCACUCAGACAUGCACAGUGCUGAGUACUCACAAGAACAUAACCGCUUACCAUUAGAAGACACGGAACAAGUCAUGGAACAACUAAGAGAGUUCCUUCAAGACAAUUUACAUGCAGGUGACCACAAAGUUGAGUCAUGCUCGCUGUGACCAGCGACAGAACGGAAGGCCGGUGAUCACCUGGUGCACCACAUCAGAGAUGACAAGCACCUGUUCAACAACAACCCAGAAUGAACAAGUCUUUAACGGCCAACUGUUGAUGAAAAAUCUGAGGUACUAAAGGACAUCACCUCAGUCACUAACAAACUGUCAAAUGAACGCCAACUCCAAGUUCCAAAUUCCCUGUCUGUGCAACAGCAACCACCAGAGCACAGAAGGUCAGAAAGUCUGCUACAGCCAGAAGGCAUCACAAGAAGAAUGCAACAUAGGAGACAAAGUUUUGCAACCCAGCUUCACACAGCCAUGCCAAACUGCCUCCGACUGUCUGCCAAAGAACUUCCUGCCUUGCUGGACUGACCCCUCAUUAGACCAUGGACACGCCCUCAUCCAAGCCAAGGAUGCAGAGAGCCAGUCUUCAGUGACAUGCUAGAAAAAGGGGGAGACAACACAGACUUGAACAGAUCUGACCACACAUGCACUACACCAGUAACACACAACAUUACCUACACCCAGAGGUAAACACAUCUACUGAUAACACAGUCAACAAACAUAUUCUUCCCAUAGGUAGAAUAUCCAACUUUUAGUGUAACAAAGUUACACAUACCCACCAUGAAGAAAAGUGCAGCCAUCCUCACAAUAGGUAGAACACCUGACACUAAGUUAAGGUUCAUGACACACUAGCUGCACCUGACAUCCUAGCUCAAUAGUCGUUGUAACCCAUGCUAGGAAAACCCACAGCAGCCUUGUUUUGUUUUGUUCUUCUUCUACCUAUCCUUCUCCUUCCCCUCUUUCCUGAGUAGGUGAAAUGCCUAGACACCCUGUGAGGGUC